AGUGUCAUAAUUUUUGCCAGAUGAGUGUUGUUUAUUUUAUUUGCGAAAGGUUUAUUUUUAUAUUUUUGAAAAAGUAGUAGAUAAUCAAUUGUGAUAAUUGUUUUUGUGAGUACUCUGUACUUAGUGCUCAAUAGUUUGUGCUUAGUGUUAGCUGUUUAAUUGGAUUUAGUGUAAAAUUGACAACAAAAAUUUACUUCGUUCCUGUUGACCCGUCUCAUCUGUGAUUUGAAACGAUUAUGCGGAUGUGAAGGAUUCCUGUCUUCAGGCUUAAAUGAAUUUAUCACUGCCAACUAUUCCGACCUGUGGGUGCUUAAUGUCGCCAUGCUAGACCACAUUCAUAUUAAUUAUAAGAAAAACGCUGGGUUCUGUAGACAAACUGAAAGGUGUCAGCGUACGUGACGUCAACGGGACAGCAGGGCUGGCGAAAUGAACCUUUCCCAGGAUGAGGCCCGGGCGGCCCGGAUACAAAAAUAUAAAGAAGAGCGAAGAAAACAACUUACAGCAAGAACGGCAACAUUAUUUUCUGCCAAUGUUACUGAAAGGCGUACCAGAAAAGCAGCUGGACGAGCGCAAUCGGAUGAUACCGGUGAUCAUCUCAAGUCAUCGUCAGAGCUAAAUCUCAAUGCAGUUAUUAACCCAAUGCCUAUAAGAACAACUCGUACGUCACGACUCAGGGCUGCUGCAAAUCAUUCUGACACAUCCCCGUCCCCUAGAAAAUCAAACAGAAGUUCUUCAGUACAAUCAUUGUUAGACGAUGCUAAAAAAACACCUAAAUGUUCCAAAAUAAUAGAAAGGGAUAAACAAAGAUCGGUCUUGCAUAAGAGACAAAGCAGUGAGAACGUCAAUUUGAAAAGUCCGUCUGGAACGUACAAUUCUGAUAAAGAAAAUGGUGCUAUUAAAACGAAAACUAAACAUUCCACUACUAAAAUAAUCUUAGAAAAAGACACAAGUAAUUUUUUAGAAAAUAGUGAUAAUGCAAAAAUUGUUAUUGAUAAAACCGUUUCUAAAUUAGAAGAAAAAAAGAAGAAGAAUUCGUUGAUUCAAAACGAAUUACUGAACUCUAAUUGUGAAGAAAAUGUUCCUUUAUGUUUAGAAGAAGAGAAAAUUUUUAACGAUAUAUUAGCCGAUUAUUCCGACACUUUAGAAAAGAAGAAAAUAGAAGAUUUAUUUGACAAUCUCGUAGUCGAUGACGAGAACGUCCAAUGUAAACUGGAAAUCGAAGAUAUCAACGAUGUUAAUAUUAUGAAUGGAAACGUGGGUCUCAAAAAUAGUCUCAAAAGUAACAUUCCGAUGCGAGAAUCUAUUGUAGAAAUGAAUAAUGCUGUUAAUAGUGUGAAGUUAGAAGAUAGUGAUUUAGUGCCAAAAGUGAAAGAAGAUGUAGGGUCAUUGCUUGGAGCCGUGUGUGUUCGUAAAGUAGAGAGAUUUAGUGAGUUGCUAAGUAAUUUAUGUUCGCCUUGUGAAGCUGACGUUUUGUUCGAGGACAUUUUGGUUGAGAACGGCAUUGAUGGAGAUGGGAAUUUGCGUAAUGCGCCGCCGGAAUGCACGCCACCGUGUAGGCGUGCGCCACCAUCCUCGCGCACAACCAGCACACCGAUGCAUACGCAAACCAAAAACUCCAACAUCGUCACGCCUUCAGCCGGAACUGUCGCGAAAACAAGAAGCCGUCGUCCGUUUGAAUCACCACAUUCAAAGACUGAAAACUCAUUGGCGUCUUCCAGAGUAUCUCCUAAAUAUGCUUUCAAUCAAUCACUCGGUAAUAAUUCGUCUCCUACGAAAUCUCAAAAGUCAAAUGUGGUUAGUCUAAGCAAGCCCAAUGAGAGGCGACGCAGUUCGGAGACAGGCACAAAACCCAGUUGUAUACCUUUAUCUAAAAAAUCUGCUGAUAAAAAACGCACCUCUUUAUCACCUUUAAAGCAAGAAUCGGCAAAAGAUACAGUUUCUAAAUCAAAAUUAGAAACUUCUAGAUCAAAUUGUCCCAUAAAACCGCCUGAGCAACUGAAGAAAGAUUCUGAAAAUAACCGUGACGAUAAAAAAAAUAAAAGUCAUAAGGAGAGUGAAAGUGUGAGCGAAAAAUAUCAUAAUACAAAGAAAAGACUGACUAGUUUAGAAAAUAAUUCAUCUAAAAAUUCGAACGGCCACAGUUCUAAAAAUGUACUGAAAUAUAAUACGGAAUUGAAUAGUAAAUCCAAUGCUAUAUCUAGUGAUUUAGAGGAUAAUAAGGCGACCAAAAUGUUAUCCACACUCCCUGAAACCGUUCGACCACAUACUAGUAAUUCCAGACUUUCACAGGAAAUGGAUAGUUUGGCUGCAUUAACUAAACAGACAUUAGAUAGGGUUAACAAAUUGUCGAAUAACUUAAAUAUUAAUAAGUUAACUUUAGACUCUCCUGAACAACCUUUAGAUUCUUUAUACAGAUCGGCUUCAGAACAGAAAGAGAGUAAUCAUAAUAUCAAUUAUGGUUCAAAACAGGAUAAACCUGUUACAAAUAGAGGAGUCACUGAACGACUGAGAGAUAUAGAUACGGCAGCACAGAGACUUAUCGACUUUGAAAAACAAAGUGCAAUGUUUUCUGAUCUCAACGAUAUCUCUAGUCAAAACCGUCGACUUGAUGCAUCGUCGAUGUCUUGUCAUACGCCUGUGUCUAUUUUAAAACGAAAGUCAGUGCACGAAGAUAACGUUUUAUCUAAUGCUUCUAAUCAUGCUAUUGCCUCUCCACCAGUAACGUUUUCUCCUAGUGUUAUUGAACCACGAAGUUGUCGUUCUGAUAGACAACGCCAAGGGAUAUUGAAAAAACGCCGUAGUCUAGAUGAAUCACAAGUUGCCAGAAGAAGAUCCUGUAGUCCAGAAGUUUCCUUUGCAGAUGAUGGAUCUAUUGACUCAAAUAAACCUAUCUUGAAAAAUAGAAGAUCAUCUCUGGAAGAUGUCAUUCGAAAUAGAUCACCAGAUGGACAAAUUCAAGGCAUACUUAAGAGAAAAAUGAGUAGAGAAGAAGAUUACACAAAUGAAGACAUAUCUAAUGGUUCACCAGAACCUCAUAGUAUUCUCAAACGUAAAUCAAACUCCAGCUCUAGUAGUAGCACAACUUCAUCACAUGUUUCAAUUGCUCAAGCUGUACUUUUAGCAGCCGCAGGCGGUGCCGAAAUUGUAGAUGAUGAUAAGGACAUUGUGAGACCAAUAUUGAAGAAAAAGAGUUUCUCGGAAGAACGACCUUGUCUUGACAUAAUGCCGUCAGAUACACCAAAACCUAUACUGAAGAAAAAAUCUACAGAUCACGAUGACCACGACUUCGAUUUACCAAAAAAACCGAUUCUAAAAUCGUCAAAAAAAUUAUCCGGUGAUGAAGGGCAUGCUUCUAGUUUCGAUUUGAGCGAAGACGACAGAAGUUCACGAAGGCCUUCACUUCUCAGAUCGCGGACAUCGGACCAUUCUGGUUCAGAAUGUGAAGCUGCUGUUAAGCCUAUUUUAAAGCAGAGAGGGUCAAGUCUCAGUAGGGAACGUAGCCAAUCCCCGCGCCCACGACUCUCAUUUUGCGCAGACAGCGAUGCGAACAUUAGUGUGACGAAUACCAGUUGCGAUGCGAACGACUUAUCGGUGGCUGGUCCGCGGCGAAUUGUGAAUAUCACGCCGGACACGGAAGAAAGUUAUCCGUGUGCUGUUCUGCGCCGAAGGAAUCUACGACCGAAAACCAAUCCUCGUUCGAAAAGCUUAGUUUGUGAUGUCAAUGACGAGUUACUUUGUAUACUUAACAAUAGGAGAUUAAAAGUGGAAGAAAAUUGUGUAAAUGGACAUUGUGAGCCCUGGGAACUAAAUAACCGCGGUGAAGCUAUUGGUGAUGAUAGUAAACCAAAAGAAUUUCCAUCUAUUGCCGCACGAAUAAAAAGCAUGGAACAGGCUUUAACAGGAGACAGCCUGUCAAAAAAUCAGCCUUCAACAUCACGAUGUAAACCUCGUGAUAAGGAACGUUUCAAGACACAGCCGAUCACUAUAGAUGAAAUGAGAUCUGCAGCUUCCAGUUUGGAUCCGGGCCAACCGAGUUUCCAAGCGUUCGGCAUCGCGGCCUGUAGUUUUCCGAGUCGACCCGUCGAGUCCGGUGUUGCUCCUCCAAUUGGGGCCUCACCAGGAUAUCUGGAAAGUGAUCCGUUCGUAGAUUUCGUGAAUUGCUUGGAUUCGCCACCCUUCGGAACAAGUUCCUUCAGUGUCAAAUCUCCGGUUAUUAACGGUCUGUCCGAAACAACAUCUGGUGCCAAGGAUAACGAUAGCUACGGCGAGGCAACAUUUCUGGACUUUGAAAACGUCGUUCCCAGUGUUGAAAGGAAACAAUCUACCUUGGAUGAGAUUGAGCAAGAAGUGAACAAAGUACGUGUAGCCUUGGAUGAAGACAGUCGAGCUCUCGAUGAAGACGAGAAGCAUCAAGCUGAAGCUGAAAAUUGGAGCUUAAAUGUGUCUUAUGAUAGUGGAGUAUAUAAUCGGGCAUCUUCGAGGGACUCUGGACCGCAUUCUGGUAAGUUAUCGCAUUCUAAAAAGGUUUUACAUCAGUGUUAA